AUGGCGCUGCUCUCGCCGAAAGUCUACACCUGGCUCUGCGGUUUGUUCGCGAGCUUGGGGAGCAUCAUCUUCGGCUAUGAUCUGGGUGUUAUUGCGGGUGCAUACGCCAACGAUUCGUUGAAGGGCUUGAUCACCAGUAUCUUCGUGUUGGGUUGCUUCUUCGGCAUGAUCCCUGUCGCCUGGCUUGCGGACAAGCUUGGCCGUCGAUAUACCAUCCAAGCAGCAUGCGUGAUAUACAUGUUCGGCGGUGCCCUCCAGACCGGCGCGCAGAACAUGGAUAUGAUGCUCGCCGGGCGCUUCUUCGCCGGGUUCGGUGUCGGUAUCCUCGCGGACCUCGCGCCCAUCUACCAGGCAGAGAUCGCGCAUCCCAGUAUGCGCGGCAGUCUCACUACGCUGCAGCAGUUCAUGCUGGGCAUCGGAGCCUUCAUUGCCUCUUGGGUCACCUACGGCACUGCGCAAGGAGGCGCUACUGUUGGUACACAGGCCGAAUGGCGCGUGCCCUUGGGCAUUCAAAUCAUCCCUGCUAUCCCGCUCUUCGCGUUCAUCCUCUUGAUGCCGGAGUCGCCGAGAUGGCAGGCGGAGAAGGGGCGCAUGGACCUGGCCCGGGCAACCCUCGCCAGACUUCAUGCCCACGGCGACGAGAACGACACUUUCGUGGUCGCUCAGAUGGAGGAUAUCCAACAAGAGAUGGACCGCGCCAAGCACAUUGGGGAAUCAACCUGGAAAGAAUGCUUCGUCGUCCCCGCCAAUUUCCGGCGCGUCGCCCUCGGCUUCAUCCUCCAGUUCUCCGUGCAACUCACGGGCGUGUCCGCAAUCCAAUACUACUCGACGACGAUCUUCACCACGAUGGGCUUCAGCAACUCGCGCAUCCUGCUCUUCCAGUCGAUCAACAGCAUCAUUGCGCUCAUCGGCGAGGCGUGCUGUGUGAUUUGGGUCGAUCGCACGGGUCGGCGGCUGCCGCUGAUUGUAGGGAACAUCGCCUCGGGGCUAAGCUUUGUGGUGGGGACAAUUCUGAUGGCACGGUGGCCGGGGACUGUGGACAACGAUGCGGCACACUAUCUCUUCAUCGUCACGACCUGGGUCUUCAACUUCUUCUUCAGCUCAUGCAUCGGGCCACUCUCGUGGGCGUACCCGGCGGAUAUCUUGCGAGUGCCCCGGGAUCUAUCCUCAACCCGCAUCCGCGCCAAGAGUACCGCAAUCACCAGUGCCGCGUCGUGGCUGUCGAAUUUCAUGAUCGCUGAAGUCACGCCCGUGGCAUUCGCGCAGGUCGAUUGGAGGUAUUACCUCGUCUUCGCGAUCUGCAGUCACUCGAAUGCCCUCUUCAUCUGGGCCUUCUACCCCGAGACCACGGGUCGCCGCCUCGAGGAGAUGGACGACCUGUUCACGAAGGCGCCGUUGUUCAUCCCGGGAACGCAGUACCAGCAUGUCGGCGACUACAAGGCGGCGGAGAGGCAGUUGAGAGAAGGUGCGUUAUCGCGGCGAUCCUGUCUACGUUCCCUCGUGGGACUUUGA